AUUCUAAACAUCAAAGUUCUGUGAAAUACGGAUUUUUGCAUAGCUUUGCUCUCUUUUUAGCAUAUAUUAUUUUUUUUUCUUUUUUAGGUGAUGAAGGCGAUAACUUCUAUGUUGUUGAUCAAGGAGAAAUGGAUGUUUAUGUGAACAACGAGUGGGCGACCAGCGUUGGCGAGGGUGGAAGCUUUGGAGAACUUGCCCUUAUAUAUGGAACUCCCCGCGCUGCAACCGUCAAAGCGAAGACGAACGUGAAGUUGUGGGGCAUUGACAGAGAUAGCUAUCGAAGGAUCCUGAUGGGGAGUACUUUGAGAAAGAGAAAGAUGUAUGAGGAAUUCCUUAGUAAAGUAUCUAUAUUGGAAUCUCUGGACAAGUGGGAGCGUCUCACUGUAGCUGAUGCGUUGGAACCGGUACAGUUUGAGGAUGGACAAAAGAUUGUGGUCCAGGGAGAGCCAGGAGAUGAGUUCUUCAUUAUCUUGGAGGGCACAGCCGCAGUGUUACAGCGUCGAUCAGAAAAUGAAGAAUUUGUUGAAGUGGGCAGACUGGCACCUUCUGACUAUUUUGGUGAAAUAGCUCUGUUGAUGAACCGUCCCCGUGCUGCCACAGUUGUUGCUCGUGGCCUGUUGAAAUGUGUAAAGCUUGACCGACCCCGAUUUGAACGUGUCCUGGGUCCGUGCUCGGAUAUUCUCAAGCGAAACAUCCAGCAGUACAACAGUUUUGUAUCGCUGUCUGUCUGAAACCUUCCUCCGUAUCCGAACGUGCUUCACGAAUGCAGACUGCUUUAUUACCCUUGUGCAGAGCCACAUUGCCACCGGCAUUUGCAGCUUCCUGUCUGUUUAAAAAAAAAAACAAAAAAAAAGGAAAAAAAUUUUAAAAAAAAAA